CAAUUCACUCAAAGAAUGAAGAGUUCUUAGCAUGUGAUGGUCAUGAUGGUUCAUCUUGCAAUUAUCAAAUGUCUUGUCAUUUUCCAUGUUCUGAAUAACACAGAAACAACUAAUACUGAGAUGUGUAGCUUCAGGCCUCACACCGAUGAUUGUGAGAAUCGAGGAUGGUUAUGGGAUUGCAGUUAUCUUAGCUUGCAAACAGUUCCUCGAAAUAUACCAGAAAAAUAUCGAAAUACGUCAUUGGCUUUGGAUCUUUCCGGAAACAAAUUCACCACUCUUUCAUCUGAGACCUUUUCUAGGGUCAAUAUCAAAUUGUUGCCAAAUAUAAAAGCUCUCUAUCUACAGUACAACAAUAUUAGAAUAAUAAGAAAAUUUGCUUUUGGUUCACUGGAGAAUUUAUGUGUUCUUACUCUUUACAAGUGCAAUUUGGGAAAAUUUUCUCUAGCCAACCAAUCAUUUGCUAAUCUAACAAAGCUGAAAGUUUUGCAUAUACAUUACAAUGCAUUUGAACAUCUGGGAUAUCCAGAUAUUGAAAUUUCCAGAAUAUUGACUUUGAAAAGUUUGACAUUAGGGGUCUUCAAAGGCUUUCUUUUUAGUGACCAUUUUCGAAAGUUAACACAGUUGGAAAAAGUGAUUUUGUUCAAAGAAAAAUCAAAAUUUCAUCUUAAAAAGAGUACGUUUGUCGGUCUGUCCAACUCUCCCAUCUAUUACCUGAAAUUAUAUUUCAGGAACCUAGUGUAUUGUGAUGUCAGUGAAGAAAUCUUUUGCUCAUUUCCUGUUUUGAAAGGUGUGUUCAUUGACUUUGGUGGAAUGUGCGACUUGAACGUUGCAUUACUAUCCUUGAAAUGUCUUCAGAAUAGAACAAUGGAUUAUAUUAAUGCUGAUGAAAAUAAACCAAGACACCCAGAAAGAGAAAUUUUUCUAAACAAGCAAAAUUGUAAAUAUUUGUUCAAUACAUGCACCAAGAACGUCACACUUAGUAAAAACCGGAUAUCUAGAAUUUCGGACAACCCUCUAAAGACUCGAAUGGGUCAAUGCAUGGAGUACUUUGACAUAUCUAUGAAUAGAAUUGAGUUUAUUAAGCCUGAUAUUAUGGUGGAUUUUCUCACAGCAUAUCCACGACUGCGAGAAAAUGAUAAACUACAGUGA